AUGGUAGUAGGAAGGUACAAAGCUCAGGGGAUAAGUGCAAAGAAAUCAGUUGACUCCACGUUCUACCUUCUGCUAGACUUAAUCACGUUUUUUGACGAAUAUCACGCCGGUCACAUUGACAGGGCCUUUGAUAUUAUUGAACGGCUAAAGCUUGUACCUCUUAGCCAAGACUGUGUCGAGGAGAGAGUUGCUGCCUUCCGCAAUUUCAGCGAUGAGAUCAGGCACAAUUUAUCUGAGGUCCUGCUUGCAACCAUGAAUAUUUUAUUCACCCAGUAUAAGAGGAUGAAAGGCACAAGCCCAGCCACUCCUGCCAGACCCCAGCGAGUAAUGGAAGACAGAGAUUCGCAACUUCGAUCUCAAGCUCGUGCGCUGAUAACGUUUGCUGGAAUGAUCCCUUACCGAACCUCGGGAGACACGAACGCCAGGCUGGUGCAGAUGGAGGUCCUUAUGAAUUAGCAGAGAGGCGUACGCGAGGGGCUGCAGCACCCCAUGCCUGGCUUUAGUACGCUCAGAGGGUGGGACCAGUGUCGUUUUGUAUUCUGUAUUUUUGUUGAUGGAAAUAAAUUGCUUUG